UCACCAGCGACUUGAAAGAAUAGUGGACUUCAAUUCCCAGAGAUUCCGUAGCCAGCCAAAUUAAUGAACUUGUUGACUGAGGAAUUCUGGGAGUAGAAGUCCACACGUCUUAAAGUUCCUUUUUCUCAAAUCAUUUGAAUAUAUUUAUAAAGCAUAAAGGAAGAAACCACAUUUGUACUCGCUGUGGCUCCAGGCUUUUUUUUUCUUUCUUAGCCUUCGAAUUCACUAUAUUUGUUUGAAGUAUUUUUUUUCCGUCAAAUAUUUUUCCUCUUUUGACAAGAGAAAGGAAGCUGGAGGUUACCAAGGAUAGAUUAUAAAUUAUUUAGCUAAUGUACUGACGCUUGGCAUUUUACAGGUGAUUUUAAUGCACAGGAUGUUCUAUAAACAAUUCUUAGGCAUUUUGUAAUGGAGUACAGAAAAACAGCGUUUGAAUUCAACGAACCAAAAAUCUCUUCUUUUGUUUUUAGGAGCGUUGCCCAUUCCUUCUGAAAGCCAGAACUGUGAGAUCUCCUCAAUUCCAGUCUGACAUUAGAGAAUCUUGACAUGCUCCGGGCAAAUAUUUUUAACGAUCUAUAUUGAAGUUGGGAAGACAUUGGCCUAGCAGGAAAAGGACACAUGGUUUUCCUCAGUUGGAGAAGAUUGCUGCACUUUUGCAGUAGGACCAGCUUUGGAAAAGACGUGCAGCAGAAGCAAAGAAGCUGUUUGGUUUGGAGGUGCUACCAUAAAAGAACUUCAGGAAGACAUGUAGAUCCUGAACUGAGAAUGUUUCUAGAGCAGAAUACGGAAAUCAUCGAUAGCGGGAACCUGACCCCAGAAAUAAGACUACAUCUUCUGACUCCUAAUUGCAGGUUUUGGCAUGACAAAGCUGCUUUGUGGCCUUAUGGGGAGCCAUACUGGGCAAUGUACUGGCCAGGCGGUCAAGGAUUAUCCAGAUAUCUUCUUGAUAAUCCAAAAAUGGUCCAAAAGAAGAAAGUUCUGGAUCUAGGAAGUGGUUGUGGAGCAACAGCUAUUGCAGCUACACUAAGUGGAGCAUCACAAGUUGUUGCAAAUGAUAUUGAUCCCGUUGCAGCUGCUGCCAUAGUGCUUAACUGUGAACUGAACAACAUAGAUCCCAUCCCUGUUUUAACAGAGAACCUGAUUGGUACUGAUAUAGGCAAGUGGGACCUUAUUGUCUUAGGGGACAUGUUUUAUAAUGAAGAACUUGCGGACAGCCUCUCCGAAUGGUUGAAGAAAUGCAUCCAGGAUGGUCACACUGAAUUGCUGAUCGGGGAUCCUGGCAGACCCUAUUUUGUGACCAACCAAUUUCAGAGAAUGUUGCACAAAGUUAGUGAAUAUGCUCUUCCUAAAUCAUCACCGGAAGAAUACAACGGUUCAACCAAAACUUUUAUCUGGAAUUAUCAGCCUUAAAUUUCAGAGGUCUUGGAAAUAUGAAAUCAGUUGAUGUUACUUUGAAUCUCUUGAACUCCAGUUCCCAUACAUUGAUAUUUUAGCUUCUAUCAUUAUGUACAUUCCAGUACGUUUGAACACUUUAUUUGCAGCCAUAUUAGAGUGGGACAAUAGUAUGACAUACAAUCAAAAGAAAAACUUUUGCCUGAUUGUGAUCGAGAAUGCAUUAUUUAAAAAUAUCCUCAAUACUGUUUACGAGAAUAAAAAUACAUUUUAUUUGUAGAGGGUGGCCUAGCAACAGUAAUUUUAUACCUAAUGGAACUUCUAAACUCAGGCACUAUACCUAACAGCUAGUUGCUGGUACUGGGUAGUCAGUGGAUGACCCAUCUAGGAAAGGGGAAUCCUUGGGAAAGUUUGCUGUAUGUUGAUCUCUGGAACAUUGUCUUCUUUUUAUGCUGUUCUAUAACAUCCACAUCCAUGAGAAUAAAUGUUUUGAUCUUUAAUUGUUGGUUCUCAUCUAUCAUGUCUGCUCAGCCACUCUAGCACACAUUUGAUGUAAUAUCCUGAUCCAAAAUGGAAUAUCAUGCUAUCCAUUCAGGCAUGGCUUUAUUACUCAUGUUUGCAAACGAAUGGAUCAUUCUGGCUUGAUGUCUUUAUUAAGCUAAUUAUUAUUGUACAGACUCAAUUACUGAAUAUGUUCACAAAGGCUGCUUUCUGUUUCAACACAACUAUUCUCAUAGGUUUGAUCAAGCUUUGUAUUUUCUAUAUUUUGACUUACUGUACUCCAUAUACUGUCCUGAACAGUGGUGGAUGAGAAUUCUUUUAAGUUGUGCUAAAUUAAUUGAUUAGGAUGAAUGUCAAAUUCCUUAUUCAACAAUAAUUAAUAGUAAUGCAUGAUAAAAGUAAAAAUUAAAAGAUUACUACAUUUACAGAAUGUCAAAAUCCAUAAUGGUCAAUAUUUUUUUUAUUACUAAAAACAAUAAUAUCCUAGUGGGAUAAUUUCCAAAAAGAAUUCAUGUCAGUUUUCUGUAGCAAAAGUAAUCAAGAGCCUUGUGUCAGUUUACAGACUAACAUGUUUAUUUUGGCAAAAGCUUUCAAAAAUAAAACUUCAAUGAAUGUUACUGUAAGUUGUCUUUAAUAGUUGGUUGAGAAGGGGUUACAAAUCAAAUAAAUAAAAAAACCUUAACUGGAAUAUGGCAGAUGGCGAACCUUUUAGAGACCGAGUGCCCAAAAAACAGUCCCGCCUGCCCCCGCUCCACUCCCUCUCUGCCCAGUCCCACCUGCUCUGCCCCCACCCCGGACCGGCCCACCGACAGGGCCAGCCACUGUCUCCACAGAUUGCCCAGGCGGCCCAGCAGCACCAUGGUGGCCAUGCCCUCUGUCCGUGCCCGUAGCAGCAUCUGUGCGCGAUGGGACAUGAGGGCGGAGUCUUGUCCUCGCUGCCCAGCUGCCAUGUCCUUGGCUGCGCUGCUCUGUGUGGGCUGUGCUCAGGGGUGACUCUCCUCCGGAGAAGUUGCUGGUGAGGGGGCCACAGGGGGAAGUGGGACUGGGGCGACGGCGCGAGUGCCCACAGAGAGGCCUCUGAGUGCCACCUCUGGAAUAUGCCAUCCCAUUCUGCAGGUACCAGCAAAGCCCCACAUUUGCUUCUUCCCUUAAAAAUUAAAAUAUUGAGUUUUACAAACACACAUUCUAUGACUGGUUAUUAAUAGAAUUAAAUGAAAUUCAUGCACUGUCAAACUUGAAGGUUUUAUUCGGAUACAAACAAACCAUGGCUCCUGUUACAAUGGAUGCCUAGAAAUAGAACUGGUCCUCACCUAAAUGACAGCAGGGCAGGCAGCACAAGAUGCUUCCAUGAAAUUUGCUCCAUUAGCUUACUGGUGUUCUUUCUGCUUUUUGCAUUCCCACAUUUACUGUUGGUCUUUUAUUAGUAAAAAUGUUUUUUUUAAAGAAGUAGUGCCCCAAAGCUUCACAAAAAUGCAGAACACUGAUAUGACCUAGCUUGGAG